AUGCAGAAACCUUCGAGAGACCCGUUCACAAAAGAACAACAACAGGCCCUUGAGAAUGAUGAUGAUUUGUUACAAAAGGAGGAGAUAAUGUGGAAGCAGAGAUCUCGAGCGGACUGGAUGGCAGAAGGAGAUCGAAAUACGGGGUUUUUUCAUAGAGUGGCUGAGGGGAGGAAGAAGAGAAAUAACAUACGAGAGAUCACGAGGGCUGAUGGUUUGGUGACAAGAAAGAACCAAGAGAUGGACGAGGUUUUUAAAGAGCAUUUUCAGACUCUCUUUACGGCUGGUGAUUUUCAUAACCCUGCUGAGGUGCUCCGUUCUAUCGAACCCAUGGUCACUGACGAUAUGAACGAGGUCUUAACUACCACCUACACCCACGAGGAAGUAGUCCAAGCUCUCAAACAGAUGCCCCCUCUCAAGGCCCCCGGGCCCGACGGUAUGCCUGUCAUCUUUUAUUCCUCUUGCUGGGCUACUGUGAAGUUUGAUGUCGUGCCUAUGAUUCUUAGUAUUCUUAAUGAGGGUCGUCAUAUAACUGAUAAUGCUCUGUUAGCCUUUGAAAUUUUUCAUAUGAUGAAGCUUAAUAAAGCUAAGGCUCAUGGUGUGUUUGCUUUUAAACUUGACAUGGCCAAAGCUUACGAUAGGGUUGAGUGGAGUUUCCUCGAGUCUAUGAUGCGGAGGUUGGGUUUUCAUUUUUCGGUGGUUGACUUGAUUAUGAGAUGCGUUUCCACUGUCUCUUUUCGUGUUUUGGUUAACGGUUUUCCAGGUGACCAGUUUGAGCCGGGACGCGGCUUAAGGCAGGGAGAUCCCCUAUCUCCGUUUCUUUUUCUCUUUUGUGCAGAAGCUCUCUCCAGCUUACUCAGAAGGGCAGAGACUCAAAAUAUGAUACACGGGGCUCGUAUCUGCCGCUCUGCUCCCAGAGUCAGUCAUUUGCUUUUCGCCGACGACUGCAUCAUUUUCGGAAGGGCCAACGCGGAUGAAAUUAGAAGGAUUCGUGAUAUUAUCGGUGACUACGAGCAUGUGUCAGGGCAAAAAGUUAACCUUGAGAAAUCCUCCAUUUCUUUUAGCAGCGGAGUUGGGGUGGAGUUACGUGGUGAGCUUGCGGGUUUGCUUGGGGUGCAGUAUAUCGAGCAAGGAGGUAGAUAUUUGGGUAUUCCAAGCACCGUGGGACGCUCGAAGACUGAGAUAUUCCAAAUGUUGGUUGAUCGGACUAGGAAAAAAUCAAAGGAUUGGAAGAGACGGUUUUUGUCGAGCGUAGGGAAAGUUGUUCUUAUCAAGGCGGUCCUUCAAGCUAUCCCGUCAUAUCUUAUGAGUUGCUUUGUGAUCCCGGAGCAGAUUUGCCAAAAUCUUAAUGGCAUCGCGGCACGCUUCUUUUGGGGCCAAAAACAGGAAGAACGCCGCAUUCAUUGGAAGAGUUGGAAGAGUUUGUGCGUGCCGAAGAAAGAAUGGGGACUCGGAUUCAGGGAUUUGAGUCUCUUUAACCGUGCUAUGUUGGCAAAGCAAGUUUGGCGAAUUAUUCAGAAUGAUUCUUCCUUGUUAGCACGUUCUCUUAAAGCGAGGUACUUUCCUCGGACGGACAUCCUCCUUGCUAGUAGAGCCCAUAAUCCUUCUUACAUUUGGACUAGCUUGCUAGCAGGUAGGGAUCUCCUGAACGAGGGAGUGGCGUGGAAGAUUGGUGAUGGUUCUCGUAUCCGCAUUGGUCAUGAUGCUUGGUUACCUGAUGGGGAAGGGAGGUUUCAUGUUGCUCGGGUUGGGGAGAAUCUCAGGACCAUGAAGGUGUCGGAUCUCUUCUUGGAAGAUGGAGAGAUGUGGGAUCUGGAAAAAGUUCAAGAGAUUGCAUACAGAGCUGUCUGGGCAAAACCAAUAAGCAUUCCUAAUGUCCAAAACUCCCCUUGUCAAGUGGAGUGCAGUAGACGAGGUCAAUUCAAAAUCCGGUGUGAUGCGGCUUUUGCCUCUGGAGUGGGAAUGGCUUUUGGGGUGGUGAUUUCUGAUGCUGAGGGAAAGAAAGCGGGAUGCUGUUACGGGUUUAGGCCGGGAGUAGUCUCGGUGAUGGAGGGGGAAGCUACUGCUGUGUUGGAAGGUGUUCGCCUCUGCACUGAGAAAGGCUUAUCGGACGUGAUUAUUGAAAUGGACUGCCAACGUCUCUACUAG